UGUGGUAAUCAUGAAUUUAUGGUGAAUUUUAUUGUUAAUUGUUUAUAGUCUUUUUAUUUCUCAAGAAUGAUCAUAUGUUCCUUAAUAAAUCGGCAAGUGAUUGCGUUGUAGCACAUUCAUCAAUUAAUUUCCCCAUAUCUCGGAAACCAUCACAAAGAUAUUGAAUUAUGACUAGGGCUUGUUUGUUGCUCGUCAAGAUCGGUUUUUGCUUGUGAAAUCAAAACUCUUAUUUAGUUUUGUGGGUUUCCUUGUCAAAUCUCAACGUUGAUUAUCAAUUGACUAAAAUUAGAGUUUUCAAUGUUUAUACGAUGAACUGGAAGCCUGGAUUAUUAUACAUUAAGAUGAUAAUGGAUUAUUGUCUUCGGUCAGUGUUCUUAUGUCUGCAUGUGUAGAGCAUUGCUAACCAUGGAUUCCACAUAACACGCAUAUCACAUGGUAUUUUUGAGACAUAUGAUUUCUGUUUAUUGCUUUUCCCUUUAUAAGCUUUUGUUUUGAAACUAGGCAGGGAUUCAUGAUAGAGCAUUGAUUCUGAUUUGGAACUCGAAUUUUUUCAUGUUUCCUUUUUGGGUAGCCGCUUGAUUCAAUCACAGUAAUAGAUUCAAAAUAGCUUUACAUGCAAUACUAUGCUGAAACUUCACAAGUCUAUACCCAGUCAUAGCUAAAUCAAUGUUUAAUUCCCUGUUUGGAAUGUAGCUGUUGGGUUUCUUGUGUUCUAUAGUUUGUGUCAAUUGUCUAAUAAAAAAAUUAUGUUUAUAGUUAAUUUGACCAGGCAGAAUCAGAAGUUUGAAGCUUCUGACUCUAUCUGAACUACCAAUAUUUUUCUAUAAUCUACCAAGGUUUAUUUAUUGGUGUUUCAGUAUUAUCUGACUACCAAUAAUUUUUUAUAAUCUACCAAGGUUUAUUUAUUGGUGUUUCAGUAUUAUUUUUUCCACAAUGGACGGUAUGUGGAAGCUAUGUUUCCAAAGACAAGCAUGUUUAUGCAUGCCCGCCCUCAUAGAGGUGUUCGCUCACGCCCGCCCUCAUAGAGGUGUUCACUCACGCCCGCAUGUGCAUUUGCACCUUUGCAAUUCCGUUUUUGUGCAUAAUGACCCCACAUUUGCUGAGAUGCUUAUCUAUGAAUUGCCUACAUUUUGUCCAUCCCUCCCACAACUGAACGGCUUCUUCCCCAAGCCAUCUCUAGAUAGCACACCCACUGCUGCUUUGGUUGCCCGACAAAUAUGAUGAAAAGUGAUUCCCCAAUGGUUGUGAAAGUCCCUUGGCCCGCAAUCCUGCAUUAGUUAGUUUGUUGAUGGCUCGACUAAUUGCACUAUAAGGAUUGUCCUCUAGUAUUAGCAUGCCUAAAAUAAACUAGCAGAACUUUGAGCCCUAUCAGCUUUUGUUGUAUCCAAAUCACAUGAAUGACUCUGUCCACCCGUUAGAUAAGGGGGUUCCUUAUAGAGCUGCCAUUAAAACUGAUAUUCAAGAGCACCGCAAGGAUAGGCGUCCAACGAGUAUCAGGCUUAGCUUCUCACCUCCCAUUAUAAGUUACUCCAUAAUGCCCCAGGUAACGGCCAACGAACAAAGACCCCAAUAGAGGCAUCGUCUGCUAUGAGGAAUGGGCGGAUAUUCUAGGAGCAUAGCACAAAUGCAACAGUGGAUGACAUCACCUGACUUUCUCGGAAGGGGUUUAGGACUGAAGAUGAUGGUCCACAAAUUCCUUAUUGUCCCUGCACAUGUAGCAAAUCACAUAUAGAGAAAAUGCAAUCCUCAGUGUUGGAGAUGAUUGGUGAGGAAUGGACUAAAUUCUAAGGGAGGUGGUUAAAUUCUAGGGGAGGUGACUACUUCGGCCUUGAAUGGUACCCAAUAAAAGAGAGUUAUGAUGGAUGGCAUGCUGAGCAGUUGAAUCAAGUUGCAAUCUAUGGGCCGCUCAACUAUAUACCAUGAUAUGGUGAGAUCGAUCAAGCCUAACUUCAAUGAGCACUCUUAGGUUUAAAUGGGUCUGGCAUGGAUUGUUGGUUUAGAAAGGGACUCCUUGGAGGAAACUUUGUGUCUUUCCAUGGCCAUUGGGGUUAUGUGACUCGAUAUGAUACAGUCAAAAGCUCAUCUUAUGGGCUUAAGAGAUGCUCUGAUUAACUCUUUACUUCCCGAUGUAGCGCAAGGAGACUGCCUUAAAUGUGUUCAGAUGGAUGAGGAAGGACUUAGUGGUCCUAGACACGUCGCCCUUAUCUUUUUCAAGGUGUUUUUGCCUGUGGUGAUUACCUGGUUUCCUUUUGGCAUGUCCCAAUCUUCCAUGUAGGACGAACAAGGAGGCAGAUGUAUUGGCGAAGGAAGUAGUGGUCUGUAUUGACCUUUCAAGAAAUAAUCCUGUGUUUGUCUCAAUUUGGUUGCUCCCAUGCAUCUUGGCCUGGGCCAUCAAAAACGUUAUGGAGUGUGUUGAUGAGUGGGCAAGAUCAUGUUGCAGUGCCUAGAGGGAAUCAAGCACCUCUGUGGUUUCGUACUUCAGUGUUUUGAUAUUGAUUUUCAUAAGCAGUCAAGAGGCCUUGAAGACCCUGAAGUAUUAGCAAGGGAAACUGUUUUUAGUGUUAGUGAAAUCGAAGCACUGUACGAAUUGUUUAAAAAGAUCAGCAGUGCAGUAAUCGACGACGGGUUAAUUAACAAGGAGGAGUUCCAAUUGGCAUUGUUCAAGACAAAUAAGAAGGAGAGCUUAUUUGCAGAUCGGGUGUUUGACUUGUUUGACACCAAGCACAACGGAAUAUUGGGUUUUGAGGAGUUUGCACGGGCACUUUCUGUUUUUCAUCCAAAUGCGCCAAUUGAUGAUAAAAUUGAGUUUUCCUUUCAGUUGUAUGAUCUCAAACAGCAGGGAUUCAUUGAGCGACAAGAGGUGAAGCAAAUGGUAGUGGCUACACUUGCCGAGUCUGGCAUGAAUCUCUCAGAUGAUGUAAUAGAAAGCAUAAUUGAUAAGACAUUUGAGGAGGCAGACACGAAACAUGACGGGAAGAUAGAUAAGGAAGAGUGGAGGAGUCUUGUUUUACGACAUCCCUCCCUCCUUAAGAAUAUGACCCUGCAAUAUCUCAAGGACAUCACAACUACCUUCCCGAGUUUUGUGUUUCACUCGCAAGUGGAUGACACUUGAGUUCUCCGUAUCUUCUCUUUUCUUUUUCCGUACGUCUUUCUUCUGGAAGCAUUAGGAAAAUCAGGGAGGAUGUUUCUGAUUUAUUGUUUUUAGAUUACAUGGGUGAUUUUAAUUUACUAAAGUUCCUUUGGUGCCAACACAGAUGGGUGUUUUAUAGAGAACAUGGUGUGGAGAUUGUAUCUUUAAGUACAUAUUUUUCUGCUUCUUAAUAUGGAUUCCUCUGGAUUGUCUUCCUU